AUGGCAAAGUUAUCUGCGAUGAGCUCUACAAAUGACAAUAAUCAUUAUAACAACGACAGCGAUUAUAUGUUUCUGAGGAGCCUUUUACCACAAAUGAAGAGCCUACCACCUCUGAGAAAUAUGUACAUGCGACUUGAAAUCCAGCAACUAUUUAUAACUGAACAAGAAAUGCUGCUCAACAAUUCAACUGCUCAAAAUCUUGUCGCUACAUCGCUUCCUUCACCAUCUUCGUAUCAGUCUUCAACUAAUACUGUAUCUGAUAAUAAUACAAAUCAAAUGUUUUCAACCACCCUAAGUACUGAGAACGUUCAAACAUAUUUUCAUACUUUCCAAUAA